UAGCACAAAUUUUGUAUUUCACUACGUGGAAUGGCCCAAUCACAAAGUUCGUUAUUUUGACCAAUAGCGGCGUUCGUUAUUUCUACCAAUCAAAACCAUGCAAAUCACUAUCGGGUCGAAUCGAGUUAUUACAGAAAGCGUCUCCCAGCAUUGUGGUUCUAGUUGAUUGCUAGUGAAAAUUGUGUUUUGAUUGUGGUUGAAAGGUGAAACGAAAUGGCUCGUACCAAGCAGACUGCCCGUAAAUCUACCGGAGGUAAAGCACCUCGCAAACAGCUAGCGACGAAAGCGGCCCGCAAAUCGGCACCCUCAACUGGCGGAGUUAAGAAACCGCAUCGUUACCGUCCGGGUACCGUGGCCCUUCGUGAAAUUCGUCGCUACCAAAAGUCGACUGAAUUGCUCAUUCGUAAAUUGCCGUUCCAGCGCUUGGUCAGAGAAAUUGCGCAAGAUUUCAAAACCGAUUUACGUUUCCAAUCUGCUGCCAUUGGUGCCCUUCAGGAAGCCAGCGAGGCGUACUUGGUCGGCCUAUUCGAAGACACGAAUCUCUGCGCCAUUCACGCGAAGCGUGUCACAAUUAUGCCGAAAGAUAUUCAGUUGGCUCGCCGAAUUCGUGGUGAACGAGCUUAAAUUGUUUUAUUAUGUAAAUUUUCGCAACAUAUAUUUAUGUUUUUCCUUAAUUUCUUUAUUAAUGUAAUUUAUCAAUAUUAGUGUUCAUUAUUCUGUAAGGUGUAGUAUGUAGAAUUAUAUUUUAAGUGUUUCGUACGAAGUUUAAAAGGUAAGUCAUUUGAAAAUUUAGACAUCGGUUAAGUCUGUAGUAAAAUGUAUUAGUUAA